AUGCCCAAUGUAAAAUAGUACAAAUCAGAUACUCAAAUAUCUCAUAUGAGCACUUUUACCAUUCUUUGUAAAAUAAAUCCCAUUAAUCCUCCUGAUACUCCAAAGGAAAUUAAAACUUUUAAAUUAAAUAAGGAUCAAUAAAAUCAAAUAUAAGUAAAACAAUGCUCAAAACAAUCUUUCAAACAGGAUGACUCCUUCAUAAAAUAAAAUGAAAAUCAAUAUUCAGAGAAAUAUAAAAGAAGAAGACCUAUUUUAGUUGCCAGGCAUUCAAAAAGUUUGUCAUGUAUCAAAAAAGAAAAAUCAGUCCGUUUUCAUCUGGAAAAAGAUGAAAGUAGCUUUUAAUUUUACAUUUUCUAAAAUUGGAUUCAAAAAGUAAAAAAAACUAACGAAUAGAUUUGUUCCUUAAAGAGAUUCGAUGAAGAUGUAUCAUUAAAUAGUAAUGGAGCAAAGAAAAUAUUCGAAAAAAUUCAUAAAAAAUAUGAAUCUAAAUUACAUUUCUAAUUUCCUUUUUGA